AUGCGCUACAGCAAUCAGCUGGAAGCAAUUGAUCCCAUGGAGGAGGGUGUUCGACGUGAACUGCUUUCUGAAAAAUUUACUGUUCUACCUCAUUCUUCGAGCCUUGAGCCCACAGUAAUGGUCUUCUCCGUGCGACGCCACUGGCCACCCAACUGUACCGACAGAGAUGUCCUCAAAGGCAUCAUCUACCAACUUGACGCAGCACUUCUUGAUGAACAAACACAAGAACAAGGCUUGACUGUGAUCUAUGACAUGACAGACGCGAAGUACUCGAAUUUCGGUGCAGACCUCUCCAUGAAAUUGCUGAAUCUUCUCGUGGGAAGCUAUCCGGCACGUGUCCGAAAUAUCCUAAUCGUUGCUGCGCCGUUUUGGUUUCGGCCGCCUUACCAUCUCUCCAGGUUCUUUGUAAAUGAUAAAAUCCGCGAAAGGAUUCUCACUAUUGAUCGGAAGCAGUUACCUAAUUACCUCCCCUUGGCAACCAUUCCUCAAAAUCUCGGUGGCUAUCUCAUCCACUGCCACGUUGAUUGGCUUAAGACCUGCUUUGAACGUCAUUUUGCGUCCCCCUUCCCUAAUGGCGACUAUUUCAAUCCCAUGAAAGCCAUUCAGGUAAACGGCCGAACCCCUUUCACCCUAACCCGACGGUCUUCCUUCCACGGUGCUUUACUGCGAGAACACCACUUCCCUCACUACCGCCAAGGCGCUUACUGCAGCAACGGGACCUUAAGACUCCACAACAGAUUCAGUUCUGUUGUCGGUCGAACCAAAUCAGUCACAUCUAAGGGCAAUCCAAAACCACAGCGCCAGUUGAAGCCUCGGCGUGCGGCCGAACACUUUCUCUUUUUCCACUUCGUAGAUGCAAGUAAUUGGACUUACAAUCCCCUGGUUUGUCAAAAGACCUCCCAUCUACCGGAACUUCCCGCCCUCUCCUUCUCCACAAAUAACGAUUCCGCCUGUGAUGAGCUCGUCACUCUCCCAGCGACGAACUCGAAUUCGACAACUUGUGUCUCCGUGGAGCAAUUUGUUGCAGACUUUCCACGAAAGUUCCCGGGUGUUUUCGAAAGAGAAUUUGAGCAGCUUAUAAAGCCCACUCCCUUGAACGGGAGUGUCAAUCGAUUCAAGUGUCACUGCAACUCGGAAAAGAACCGGUAUGUGGAUGUUCCCUGCUUGGAUCAAUCAGCGGUGAUCCUUCCCAAUGGUGCGUAUAUCCAUGCAAAUUAUGUGGACGGCUACAAUAGGAAAAAUGCCUAUAUCCUAACUCAAGGCCCUCUUGACAACACCAUAGACGAUUUUUGGCAGAUGAUUUGGACUACGGGCGCUACAAUAAUAAUAAUGCUCACCAAAAUUGUGGAGAAUGGUCGGAUUAAGUGUAGCCAGUAUUGGCCUGCUUUGGACCCAUCGAAUCCGGUCUCCGCGAUUUCCCACUUCGCUCAUUUCACCGUAACAAAUGUCUCUGAAACUGUUGAAGCCAACGGACUUUACCAGGUCACUAAACUGCAGCUGUCUAAAUCACAGGAUAAAAUCUCAACAGAUUCCAUCGAGACCCGUCAAAUUGAUCACUUUUUGUUCCUCGGUUGGCCCGACUUUGAUGUGCCGAAGGAUCCCAGAGGCUUUUUAUCAUUUCUCGAUGUAGUCAAUGAACGACUUAAACAGAAUCCUAAUCCCAAUCCUCCCCCACUGGUAAUCCACUGUUCCGCUGGCAUUGGUCGUACAGGCACGUUUACUGCAACCGACAUUUGUCUGAUGCAAGCUAAGACCGAAGGGGCAGUGGACGUUCUUGGUGUCGUCACCCGAAUACGAAAUCAGCGUGCCUGUUCUGUUCAGUUGGCUAAGCAAUACUCAUUCAUCUAUCAGUCUAUUUAUAUGAGAUUAACGGAAAUUUCCCGUGACACUUGA